CCCGAGCCGUAGGCCAACACAAGUAAGCCGACAUGAAGUUUCCGUUGUCGGCAUGCCCAUUCCAACCGCUACAGCUGACAACCAGCGAGCAAGAUACCAUUCUGUCGAUCUCUGAUGGCAUUCUAGCUGAAACGAUGGCAGAAUACGAACGAAUGCUCGUUCAUGGAAACGGCGUCCUCGAUACUGAACGCUGGAAGCUCAUUAAGCGCAAGGAGAACCUUGCAGCCUAUCAUGAUCGAUGUGCACUUGCAGUAACGCUGCAGGUCUCCAACAGCACCAGCAAGCCCACUGUAGACGGUGUUGAAGACCCCGUCUCACCACCGCCCGCACCAGCAGCUACGCUCGGUGUUUCUUCUAAGACUCCAACUCAGAGAGUGCUGUGGCACGGCACCAUCAACUGCGACCUUGAUGAUCUCAUGCUCGGCGUUGUGAACCAAAAUGCAGAUAUGUGGAAGGUCAAGUCGUCCUAUGUCGAGGACAAUGGCUUAGACUACUUCCUGCUCGCGUCGAUCAAAGGACAAACCGUCGACAAGCCAUUUGAGGGUCUCCAGUUGAAGUGGACGGUAAACGACAUGGGUCCGUUGAUGGCAAAGCCUAUCAUGCGUCCUCGUGACUUUGUGUUUAUGGAGAGCACGGGUAUCACGCAGUCUCCGACGACCGGCGAACGCAUGGGUUACCACAUUUGCCACUCGCUAGAGCUUCCCGGAAUUUCCGAGCUACCGGAAUACAAACUGGUGCGUGGUAAACUGGAGCUGUACCACAUUUUCCGUCAGAAAAGCAAGGGCGUCGUCGAAGUAUACGUGCGUGCGCUGUGCGACUUACAGGGCGAGAUGCCGUCUACCAGCGUGUCUCUCUUCUCGGCUGAAGCAAUGUCUACACUUACGCUUUCAGCAUUCUGUGCGGAGCGCCACAAGGUCAUGUGGCUGCUGCACACGAUGGAGCCUUGCGAGAGCGGGAAACCGUCGCUAGAUCUCUGCAGUGUGUGUACGAAGGACCUGAGCAAGAGCCUGUUGCCGUUCAUGAACAAGGCUUGCCGAAUCUGCGCUGGUCGAAUUUGCGCGCGCUGCCGAAUCCCCAAACGAAUCAGCUUCCUCAAUCGACGCACGCGCGGAGUCAUCAAGAAGAACAUUGACAUUUGCACACGCUGCGUUCACACGUCGGCCCAUAUGAGCGCACUUACUGUUGCGCAAGGAGAGUUGGCGCUCGAGAACCCCACGGCUAUCUUCUAUGAAUCGGCAGUAACUCGAAGUGUGUCAUCGAUCUCUUCGGAUUCUUCGGGCUGA